AUGUCUAAAGGUGUUAGAAAUCAAAUAGUAUUUUCUUUAAUCGCUACUCUCGGAGCAAUGGUAAUGGGUACGAUUCUGGGUUGGACGUCACCAGCCAAUACAUUAUUACAAAAUGGAGUUGGCUUUCCGAUUUCCGUAGACGAUUUAAAGAGUUUUGGUUCCAUUUUUGGUAUCGGUGCGGUUUUUGGCGCAUUACCUGCCGGUAAGUUAUCGGCAACGAUCGGCCGCCGUUACAGUAUGGUAUUAUUUGAGAUCAUCAUCAUCGUUGGAUGGAUAUUUCUCACCAUGGCCAAUGCUUCAUGGAUGUUAUUGGCAGGCAGAGUACUACAGGGCGUUGGCGUUGGUGCACUAUGUACAGUCAUACCGACCUACGUUGCUGAAAUUUCUCAACCACAUAUUAGAGGUACUUUGGGAACAAUAUUUCAAGUCUAUGUAGUAAUUGGAAUUCUUUAUUCCUACAUAAUCGGCUCGGUGGUCGAAUACCAUACAUUUAAUUUGUUAUGUGGGAUUUGGACUAUUUUACAUGUGGUACUAACGUUUUUCAUACCCGAAUCACCAUAUUUCUUUAUGUAUAAGAAGAAAGACAAAAAUGCUAAUACAUCAAUGAAAAAACUUCGAGAAGAAAAUGAUGCAGACAUUGCUAGCGAAUUAACCGUGAUAAAGACGGAAAUUGAACUUCAAAAAGCUAAUCAGGACACAUUUACUAAAGUGAUGGCUAACAAGGCCAAUCGCAAGUCACUCUUGAUCGGUAUUGGUUGUAUGUUUUUCCAGCAGACGAGUGGAAUAAAUGCUAUCAUCUUCUAUAUGGGUUACAUAUUUAACGAAAUUGGAAGCUCGAUAACCACAAAUACUUCAGUUAUAGCUGUCGGAAUAGUUCAGCUCGUAAUGACAUUCGUAGCAAUGAUGAUUGUAGACAAGGCUGGUCGUCGAGUAUUAUUGAUAGUUUCAGCAAUUGUGAUGAGCAUUAGUUUCUUCUGCUUAGGUUUAUACCUUGAAAUGAGCCGCAAAUCAGUCCAUAAAGACUCAAUUCUAUCGUGGCUACCACUGAUUCUCAUUGCGUUAUAUAUUUCGGCUUUCUCUUUGGGCUUUGGACCUAUUCCAUGGGUAGUUAUGGGAGAGAUAUUCUCCAACGAAGUCAAACCGUAUGGCACAAGCUUAGCUACUGCUACAAACUGGAUUUUGGUAUUUGCAGUAACAUACUUAACAUUUGUUACUACAAAUUCGAUUGGUUUUCUUGGUCUUUUUUGGAUAUAUAGUUUAUUUUGUGCGUUGGGUGCCCUAUUCGUGUGGUAUACAGUCCCAGAGACGAAGAAUAAAAGUUUGACUGAGAUACAGUUGAAGUUGGCGGGUAACGAUAACUCUCCGUCAUCAACUAAUGAUGUUUAA